AUGCAAAUUUUAAAGAAAUUCGCGGAUUCGAAGUCAGCCAAAAUUGGAAUCAUUGUCGCUUUGGGUUUGAGUGGUGUUGCUCUCACCUAUCAUUAAUACGAUAAAGCCAGGAAAUCUAGCAUAAUUGUGACUUCAAACCCACCUGUUGCUGAAAACGAGUUUGGAUAAAAUCGAUUUUUAACUUAAGCAGGAGCUAUUCAAAGAUGGGGUCAAAUUGUAUAAGAUAGUAUUUCAUACAAAGUGGAUUUAUUGCUGAAAAAAGGUACCUAUCUAAUAAAGAUAAUGCGUAGGUGAAUCAUAUAGUGGUUUAGUAACAUUGGAUUUUGAUGCAAAACAUACUUUGACUGACUUGUAUGUUGAUUUUAGAGGAAAGAAAGUGGUUAGUUUGUAUGUCAAUGGAAAUAAGAUUAAUAAUUUGGAUUGGAAUGGAUUAUUUAUCAAAGUACCCAAAGAAUUCUUGAGCACAUCUCAAAAGAAUAGAGUUAAUAUCUAAUUUGAUUAGGAUUAUGCUAAAGAUGGAUGUGGAUUACAUGGCUAUAUUGAUAAAGAUGGAAAAUAAUAUUUGUAUAGUUAAUGCGAAUCUUAUUUCACAAACAGAUUGUAUAAGAAAAUAAUAAUAAAUUAGUUUCCCAUGUAUGGAUCAACCUGAUUUGAAAGCCAAAUUGAGAUUCACCGCAGUAUGUCCUAAAGAGUGGGUGGUUAUUUCAAAUGAAAAUGCUGAUCAAAAUUAAUAGUUUAAUUUUGCUUAGGCUGUUAACGUAGUUAAAGAUUAUCUGCCUUAAGAAUUGGUGGAUAGUUAGCUCUAAAAUCUCGAGAAUUCAGAUUCAUACAACCUUUGGGUGUUUGGUGGAACAAAAACUUUGCCAACAUAUUUAUUUGCUUUAGUUGCAGGAGAAUAUUGGUCUGUCAAAUUUUAAGGAGAACAAGAUGAUAUACCUUAGACUAUAUACUGCAGAGAAAGUUUAAAAGAACACAUGAUAAAUUUAAAAGAUUUCAUAUUUGAAGUCACAAAGAAAAGUAUGAAAUUCUAUGAGAAUUUCUUUGGAGUCAAAUAUUAAUUCAAUAAAUAUGAUUCUGUCUUUGUUAAUGAGUACAAUUGGGGUGCUAUGGAAAAUCCUGGAUGUGUGACAUUUAAUGAUGCAUACGUUUUUAAAGAGAAGAAACCAGCUACUAGUUAUACUUCAUUUGCUAAUACAAUAGUUCACGAAAUGGCCCAUCAUUGGUUUGGAGAUUUUGUAACAAUGAAAUGGUGGAAUGAUUUAUGGUUAAAUGAAAGUUACGCUGAAUUCAUUUCACACUAUUGUUAGGAAAAUAUUAAUAUUGAAACCAUCAAAUUAUCUAACAUUCCUGUUAUGUUCAAUUAAAGAAAGGGAUGGGGAUACAGAGAAGAUUAAAUGCUUACUACACAUCCAAUUGCUGGUGAAGUUAUCAAUACUGAAGUAGCAGAGAACAUUUUCGAUGGAAUUACAUAUUCUAAAGGAGCAUCAGUUAUGAAAUAACUAAUGUGCAUUAUGGGAGCAGCUAAAUUCGGAGAGGCUUGUGGAAAUUAUUUUAGAAAAUUCGGAUGGAAGAAUGCUGUUUUAUAAGAUUUAAUUGAUCAUUUAUAAGAGAAAUUUGAUAAUCAAGAAUUUACUUUGUCCUAUUGGAAAUAACAAUGGAUUGAAACUGCUGGUAUGAAUGAAAUUGAACCUCAAUGGGAUUAAACUGAUAGAUCUCAUCAAGCUAAAUUGACUGUCUUUUAAAGACCUGCUUUAAGUUAAUUCCCUACAUUGAGAAUCCAUAAAAUUAAAAUAGGAUUUUUCCAUGAUAAUGGCAUAGAUACCGUUGACACCAUACUCAAAGCAACAGAAGAAAAUGUCAUCACUUAUGAUGGUAGUAAGGGAUAUAGAGCAUUAUUGUUGAAUUAUGAAGAUUAAUCCUUUGUGAAGGUACUUCUUGACUAAGAGUCCACAAAAUAUUUCAGUUAAAAUUUACAAGCAGUCUAAGAUAUUUUAACAAGAACUUUGAUUUACAGAGCUCUUUUUGAUAGUGUUAGAGAUGGUAAAAUAUGCUCAGAAGAGUAUGUUGAUUUCCUAUUGGCCUAACUUCCAAGAGAAAAUUCAGAUGAAAUUUUGAAUACUUAAUUGUUAUACUUACAAUCUGCUAUUGCAUCCAUGACACCAAGAAAGUAAUUAUAAUUAUAAUCACCAUAGAUUCAAGAAGAUUCUUGGCAAAAGAGUAUUUACAUUCCUUUUAGAACAAAUAAUCAAAGUUAGCAAAGAUCCAUAACAAGAAAAUAAAUUGAUCUUAUUAAGAAACAACAUGGCAGCAUUUGCAUAUGAUAACACCUGUAUCGAUGAAUUGUUGGCUUGGUUCUAAGGAUAAAAUUAAGAAUUAUCUUAAAUUGAGUGCACCAAAGAUACCAAAUGGGCAAUUGUUAAAUUAGUUUAUGCCUCUUAAAAAUAUGAUUCCAAUCCUGAAUUAAGAUAAGAGAUCCUCGAAAAGAUGUUGUAAAUUGAUACUUCUGAUGCUGCUUCAAGAGCUCAAUUGAAAUGCAAAGCUCUCAUAGCAAAUGAAUAAGAAAGGGCUGCUCUUUGGUAAAAGUACGUUGAUCCCAACGAUAAAGAAUCGGCCAAAAUGAUAGCAGAAUCAAUGGCUGGAUUCAACAAUGAGAGACGUUACCUUAGUUUGGAACCAUAUUAAGACAAAUUCUUCGAAGUCAUUAUUCAAAUUUUCCAAACUAAAAGUAAUGAUUUCAGUAAGAUCUUUUAUGAUUACUUGUUCCCAAUCACUGAUGAUUUGGCCAGUCUCUGCAAUGUAAUAUUAGUAUUCAUAAUAUUAGAAAGUAGAGAAAUUGAGAGCAGCUGUUCCUGACAAUUUGAUCACUCUAAAAAUGCAAGUGGACAAAUCACUUGAUUCAAUUAAGAGACAAGUGAAAUAGUUUGAAUGUUUCUGUAACCAAGCCAAAUUAGCUACAUAAUAAGUAUUAGAAAAUGAAGUAUGAGAUAUAAC